UCUACGUCGUUGCUUAAAAGUUCAACUACAUGCAAUUAAAAUGAUAACAAAGUGGAUUUUCUCUAGAUCGUUAUCGUCGCAAGUGCAUCAUUCGUUUGUUACCACCCCUAUAUUCUACGUUAAUGCAGCACCGCAUAUUGGACAUCUUUAUUCGGCGGUUAUUGCUGAUGCUAUUCACCGGUUUAAUCGACUUCGAAGGCCAACAUCGUCAGAGGAUUGUUUUUUAAGCACGGGAACGGACGAACAUGGAUUAAAAAUACAACAGGCUGCAAUCCAACAUUCUACAUCUACCGAAGAUUAUUGUAGUGCCAUUUCUUCAAAGUACCGGCAAAUGUUUGGAAGAUUUCACAUUGAUUAUUCGCGAUUCAUCCGGACAACGGAUUCUGAUCAUCGGACUGCCGUGCAAACAUUUUGGCGGUCCCUCGCGGACUCCGACAGUAUUUAUCGGGCAAGCUAUGCUGGGUGGUACUGUGUGCCCGAUGAAACUUUUUUAACAGAUAGUCAGCUUAAAGAGAACGAACGUGGGGAAAAAUGUUCCUCCGAGUCGGGCCACCCGGUAGAGUGGACGGAAGAGCAAAACUAUAUGUUCCGCUUGAGUCGCUACCAGGACGACGUGCGGCAGUGGGUGAAUAGUCUCGAGGGUCGCGUACAACCGGAAAAGUUCCGCCGUGUUCUUCUAGACUAUUUAGAUGAACCAUUACCUGAUAUUUCUAUUUCGCGACCGGUCAACCGGGUCUCCUGGGGUAUAACGGUUCCAUCUGAUACAACUCAGUCCGUGUACGUUUGGCUGGAUGCGUUGGUUAACUAUCUCACUGUGGCGGGUUACCCGAAGGAAUCUUUCCGUGCACGUUGGCCUCCAAGUGUGCAAGUGCUCGGGAAAGAUAUACUUAAAUUUCAUGGUAUCUACUGGCCUGCGUUUUUGAUUGCCGCCAAUUUGGAACCCCCACGCCAACUGCUGGUCCAUUCGCACUGGACGGUCGAUAAUCAGAAAAUGUCCAAAAGUAAGAUGAACGUUGUUGACCCUAACGAACGAGCGGAACUAUACACCCACGAAGGAUUACGAUACUUUUUGCUACGAGAAGGUGUGGCCCAUAGUGAUGGCAAUUAUAGUGACACCAAAAUCUUACGGAUACUGAAUUCAGAGUUGGCUGACACUUUGGGAAACUUACUUUCGCGAUGCUGUGGGAAAGCGUUGAAUCCGGGUUCCAUUUUUCCAGCGGUUGAUGAGGAAGCGUUUGAUCGUUUGAAAAAAAUCGAUGUCACAUGUCGUCUGCUGGAAGCCUUAAAUGAAAUGCCAGGAAAAACGCAUCAACAUUACGACCAGUUCAAUUUCUAUCUUGCGGUGGAUACCAUCAUUCAUCUUCUACACACUACCAAUAAUUUCUUCGAAACAACCGCCCCGUGGAAGCUACGCAAGAGUGAUAGCACUGCAGAUCGUGCCAUGUUGAACAGCAUUCUGUCCAUCACGAUGGAAGUGCUUCGCCAGACCGGCAUCAGUUUACAGCCCAUUGUACCGAUGCUAUCGAAACAACUACUGGAUAAGCUGCGCAUACCUGCCUCGGAACGAUGCUGGAGCAAUCUACAAGUUUCUUUCCGUACGCUGGAUGCGCCAUUAAGCGAAGCGGAAAGUGUUCUCUUCCGGCGAAUCCUACUUCCGGAACAGACGGCAACGAAUCAUCAGGAAAAACGUCCAGCCAAAAAACGAAAGCAUGUUACUUAAUUUUUUUAUUAGGGAUUGAAGAUAGAAUUCGAAUACAACACUUAUCAUUAUUUAUUCUCCGUUUAUCGGGGUUUCCUUCUGGGAUA